UAAUUCGAGUCGCCUCGGAGGUGCGCGUACUCGCGUGUUCCCGCGUCUGUACAGUGUCUAUAUUGUGUGCGCGUCCCUCUUGUGUGUGCGCGUACUCGCGUGUUCCCGCUCCUGUAUGUCCAUAGUGUGUGCGCGUACUCGCGUGUUCCCGCUUGUGUGUCCAUAUUGUGUGCGUGUCCCUGUUGUGUGUGCGCGUAUUAGCGUGUUAGUUUGUUUGUUGUGAGAGCCAUGGAGCACAUGUCUUCACCUGUUCGCUUCCGCAGCAACGCCAAAGCUGCAACUUUGUCGGAAAAGGAGCUGGCCAGUCUGUCCGUGAAGGACCAAGACAGCGUCCUGUUCCCGUACGCCAUGAGGGACCUCCCCUCGGUCCACAGCAUGUCAGUCAACCACGAGGGUGCGGUGGCAGCCAUCGCCAACGGGCGGCGCCCCAGCCUCCCUGGGACUCCGCCUCCUGUGUCUCGCACCACCCCCUGCAACCCUGCGAUCGCCCCCCUCAAGCCGAGCCGUGUUGGCUAUGAUUCAUCGUUCCAGCCUACGAGGAGACCGUUCGCAUCUCAGAGCUCUCUGGACUCGCCGCUUAGCCCCGCCUCCCGUCCACUCAGCCCCUGGGGGCGCUUGGACUCCUACGACUCGCCAGAGGACCAGGACAAACAAUAUGUCGGUUUCGCUACGUUGCCGAGUCAGGUUCACAGGAAGACGCUGAAAAAAGGUUUUACGUUCACACUGAUGGUAGCAGGAGAGAGCGGCCUCGGCAAGUCCACUCUGAUCAACAGCUUGUUCCUCACCGACCUCUACAAGGACCGCAAGCUUCCCAAUGCAGAAGAACGCAUCAGUCAGACUGUUGGCAUCGUCAAGCACAGCGUGAGCAUCGAAGAGAAAGGCAUCAAGCUGAGGCUCACCAUCGUCGACACGCCAGGCUUUGGAGACGCCGUCAACAACAUGCAGAGCUGGAAGCACAUAGAAGACUACAUCGAGCAGCAGUUUGAGCAGUUCUUCAGGGACGAGAGCGGCCUCAACAGGAGGAACAUCCAAGACAAUCGAGUCCACUGUUGUCUCUACUUCAUCUCUCCCUACGGACACGGGCUGCGUCCUCUGGACGUGGAGUGCAUGAGAGCCUUGCAUGACAAAGUCAACAUCAUUCCUGUGUUGGCCAAAGCGGACAGUUUGACCCCAGCCGAGGUCUGCAGGAAAAAGAUGAAGGUCCGUGAGGAGAUGCGUCGCUUCGGCAUCGACAUCUACCAGUUUGCCGAGUGCGACUCGGACGAGGACGAGGACUUCAAGAGGCAGGACCAGCUCCUCAAGGACAGCGUCCCCUUCGCCGUGAUCGGGAGUAACAUCCUGGUGGAGAGUAAAGGCCGCAGGUUCAAAGGUCGCACUUACCCCUGGGGUGUGGUAGAAGUGGAGAGUCCAGCUCACUCGGACUUCCUGCUGCUGAGGGACAUGCUGGUGAGGACGCACAUGCAGGACCUGAAGGACGUGACCCGGGAGAGCCACUACGAGAACUACCGGGCCCAGUGCAUCCAGAACAUGACGCGCAUGGUGGUCCAGGAGAGGGAGCGCAGCUUGCGGGAGAAGUGUCGAGAAGGAGGCGACGUCGACGUCCCGCUACCCCUCGCCGCCUUUGACUCGGAGAAAGAAAGACUCAUUUUUGAAAAAAAUGAGGAGCUGAGACGGAUGCAGGAGGUCCUGGAGAGGAUUCAGGAGCAGAUGCACGGCGGUCAGACAUGAGGAAAGUGAAAGAAGGUGAUGAUGAAACUUUAUGGAUGAUGAAGUGACAAUGAGCUACUGACCAGAGCACUCGGAGCAGGUCUUCCUUUUUUUGCUGUCCUCAGGAGGCCCGGGGUCUUUUUUUGUAAUGGUUUGUACUGCCAUCUAGUGGCUAUAAUAGCAAAGUGGUCCAAAUAAACAACGCUUCGCUCGAUAAAGCAGAAUUGUUGUAAAUGUAAUAAGAUUUAUUAAGAAUCUUUACUAUUUCACCAGCAUAAAUCAUUUAUAUUUGUAUAUCAUGAUGUCAUGUCUUAGAGUGGACAGUUGGACCUGAAAGGCAGCCCACAGUGCACAGGCCUUAUAUAACUUAACUUUCUCCAUAGGGAAAACACCGUUUAUAUUAAUAUAUAAUAUCAAUAUAGCAUGAGGUCCAAGAUCCUGCCCAGGGUCUACAGUAUUCUACAUGGUCCCGCACACGGAGGAAAUCAAGCUACAUGCAGAACAACUGAAGAGAAACAAGCAUGAAUAAUAAAAAGCAACACAGACUCAAAACGCCCCGGCGUG